GCCCGCGGCGAGGAGACUGAUGAUGAUGAUGAACAUGGUACUAUGAUGGACCAUUGAUGGUAGCGAGAAAAACCGCUUUACCCGGGCUUUAUGUCGUCGUUUCCGGUACGAACUUCACCGUUACCGGUCCAGUACUUACUGAGAGUCCUUGAAAGUGAGCUCUUAUAUACCGGUCUUAGUGUAGAUGGGUUUUACCCGCUGCGCCGACUGAAUUAUACUCCAGGACUAGCGGCAUGUAAUAAGACACUAGCCAGCAAACACCGGCGGUGCACUGGGCCCAAUUGCAGCGCGCAGGACUCGCUGGAACCAUUCACGCAGUCAAUAAUAGCAUACGAGUGCGCCGCGCCAACUCCAGCCACUGGAGCGCCCGCGUCGGCGCAGAGGGCUGAAGAGCACAUAAGAGUCAAGCACUCAUAACGCCGUGUACGAGCGUCGCGUAACCAGAUUGAGUCGAGAUGGCCAAAAGGAAACACAAGAAGAUCACGCCCGCUGAAGAAGCGCCGGCUGAACAACCGGGAACCACCGCCCGCCGCGGCGCGCGCAGACGGCGGUCCGGACCAGAACCGGCGCCAGAGCCUACGCCAGCCGAGGCGCCGCCGCCGGAACCAGCGCCGGGCACCCACCGCAGCGCGACGCGCCGCCGCGCGCCGACGACACCGGCCGCCACGCCGACCGGGCCCUUCCAGUCGCCCGUCGAAGCGGCAGGCGACAUGCAGCGCCUCGCGAAGGCGCGCGCCGGCCUCAUGUCGCCCGAGGAGCGCCAGGAGUUGUACGGGCUGGUGGCUGCGACGAUGGAAGCUUUGACAAGGGACGAGGCGACGAAGCAGAAAAAGGCCGACGACCGCGCCUCUGAACACGCGGCCAAAAAAAGAAGAGCUGCGAAGGCCAGCAUCCCUGAUGCUGGAGCUCGUGUCGAGGGCGGAGGCAUCCUUGGCCGUCUGCCGUACGUCGUGGCCUCGAGAGCCUUCGCGUUCCUGCGUGCCGAGGAAUUUAGAAGGCUGGCGUCGAUCAAGUGCUUCCAGCGCGACGGCGGUGCCAAAGUCCUCAGAGCGGGCGUGAAGGCCGCCUGCGCCGAGAUCGCCCCCUACGCGUCGCCGCCGCAGCUCACAUUGGCACUUCGGGGCUACGAGCCCUUGGCCGUCCUGGAAGACAUUGCGGCGAGAUCGUCGGAAUUUCUGGCGAAUCCCGAUCCCGAAGCUUUGCUGAGGGUGCGGCUCAUCGCGCCGCUCCAUGGAGCCGAUAUUUUUAGCACCUCAUUUACGAUGUCCUUCGCCGACUACUGCUUGCUGAGGGACUGCCCAGUGACGAACCCGCGGCCGCGCUGCGAACGCGACGUGACGGUUGCUGGCUCAGUUCUCGAGAUCCUACGGCGCGAACCGGACGUGUUUGUGAGGACUGCUCCGGACUGGUUGGGGGAGUGGCUGCGCAAGUUCCUGCGCGACGACGACGUGUAUAGAGCUACGACGGACGAUCCUUCCAGCAGUCGCUUUCUCAUGCUCGACGCGGCCGGAUUUGCACCCGCUUUGAGAGGCGCCGUGACGCGCGCGAGUAGAGCGAGGACGGCACGUAAGCUUGCGGACGCUCUCAGGGAUGUUCUUAGAGAUCCCGACGCAGCCACCGCUCUCGUCGAUGACCCCGCGCGGGCGGCUCGCUGGCGCGCCGCGGUCAGAGCGUGUCUGCGGAAGCUCCUGACGCACGUGAAGAGGCGCGAUCAAUUCGACGACGGCACCUGCACUUCUUUGUGGAGAUGCGUCGACGCGACCGUAAUUCGGUCCUCGGGGAGCUACUUAUUGUCCUCGGACGAGGUCUGGGACGAAAUUACGAGAGCUGACCCGGACGCCACCGUCGUGACCUGGGCCAUUGGCAAGAUUUCCGGCGCGGCGAACGACGACCCGACGUUCGAGAACUAUUCUGUCGUGAGCGCGCUGCAGUCGUUAGCUAGAUACAGUAAACCUGUGGCGCGGAAGCUGGUCGCCCUCGGCGCAUUGGGAGCUUGUGCGCGCGUCCGCGACGGCACGGUCCGCUCGUCGAAAUUAUUUGGUUCUACAGUUGACCAGCUCUACGCCAAGCUCGAGGCCUCGACGCGGCCGCCGCCGGAGCGGGCUCCGAGGAAGAAGUGGCCGACAUUUGCCGACUGCCUGCGCGACGCCGAGGACAAGAUCCACGCCCAGGCCGAAGCGAAAUUAGGAUUAGUCAGAAAGGCUGAGCAGGAUUUGGAGCGGGAGCAGGCGGAGUACUCCUCGUCGACGGAUCCGGCGCCAGGGAUGUACCUCCGGCAGAUCCCGACGGGCACGGAGGAGAUCGACGUCGAGGCGGAGGUCUUGGAUGGCCUCGAGGUCGUGGAGGUCGACUGAGACCUUGCGCGGACGGCGCGCAGCAGUAAUAACAGUUUUCGACACCACACUACUUACACAAUUAGCAUAUAAUCUACGAAUUUGCAGCGGCAACAAGAUUCGUCGCCGACCGCGACCGCGACGCGCGCACCAUCUCCGCGAAGGCCCCGUUCUGCGCCAUUAAUUCGGCCGGCGCGCCGUCUUCCACGAGGUGGCCGCGGUCCAACACCAAAAUCUGGUCGGAGUCGACGAUUGUCUUGAUGCGAUGCGCGAUGACGAUCAAGGUAGCUCUUUUGAACUGGGGCGCCGUCCUUAAGACGUUCUGGAUGACCGCGUCCGUUUCUUGAUCGACCGACGCCGUCGCCUCGUCCACGCAAAUGAUGCGCCGUGACACGAGUAGGGCGCGACACACGCAUAACAACUGCCGCUGGCCCGCCGAGAGGUUGUCGCCGUUCUCCGAGAUUGACGCGUCGAGCUCCGUAGCUAGACCCAGCAUUUUGAGCGUCGCCCGUAACGCUUCGUCCGAAUGUUCGGCCCACGGGUCGAGGUUGAAGCGUAGCGUUCCCCGAAACAAGUGCGGCUCCUGCGGCACGAGGACCAACGCGCGCCUCAGAGCCGCCAACGGCAACUUUGAUACAUCCACACCGUCGAUCAACACUCGACCUUCAUCAACACAGUUCAAUCGAGCAAGAGCCAAUACCAACGACGACUUGCCCGAGCCCGUCCGUCCGACGACGCCGACGUUCGAGCCCGACUGUAGGGAAGCCGACACGUUACAUAACACCCGGGGCAGGUCGUCCCGGUAGCGGCAGCCCAAGCCAUCCAACACAAUCGUACCGGACGACGGCGCCCACGCGCCGCUCUCAUGAGAUUCGCCCUGCAUGUCUCCGUACUCGACCAGUCUUUCCACGGACCUGUGUGGAAAUCAACCAGUGAGUUAGGUUACGGGGACAACGUCGCGUCGAUGGCGUAGCAGAGU